AUGAACCGCGGACCCAGUGGCCCACAGAACAUCUUCCGCACGCUCGAGCGUCUGCGACAGCAGGCUCAGCAGGCGUCACAGCAGUUCAACAAUGCAGGCAAGCCAGGCGGAAGCAGCGGAGGCAGUGGAGGCAGCGGCGGCGGCGGACGUGGAGGCCCGCCCAACCUCGCCAACAUCCUCGGCGGUUCGGCUGGUAUCGUUGCGCUCGUCGCGCUCGGCUUCGGUAUCAACAUGUCGCUCUUCAACGUCGACGGUGGUCACCGUGCCAUCAAGUACUCGCGCUUGUCAGGUAUCAAGGAGAACAUCUUCAACGAAGGUACCCACUUUAUGAUCCCCUGGUUCGAAAAGCCCAUCGACUACGACGUCCGAGCCAAGCCUCGCAGCAUCGCCUCGCUCACCGGCACCAAGGAUCUCCAGAUGGUCUCGCUCACCUGCCGUGUGCUCUCGCGCCCACGCGUCGAUGCGCUCCCCACCAUCUUCCGCGAGCUCGGCACCGACUACGACGAGCGCGUGCUGCCCUCGAUCGUCAACGAGGUGCUCAAGUCGGUCGUCGCGCAGUUCAACGCCUCCCAGCUCAUCACCCAGCGAGAGAUGGUGUCGAGAUUGGUGCGCGACAACCUCACCGCACGCGCGCAGCGCUUUAACCUCGUCCUCGACGACGUCUCCAUCACCCACGUCUCCUUCUCACCCGAAUUCACCCACGCCGUAGAGGCAAAGCAGAUCGCACAGCAGGCCGCGCUGCGUGCCGCCUUCCUCGUCGACCAGGCCAUCCAGGAGAAGGCCUCGAUCAUCGUCAAGGCGCAGGGUGAGGCCAAGUCCGCCGAACUCAUCGGCGAGGCCGUCAAGAAAAACAAGGGCUUCCUCAAGCUCCGUAAGCUCGAGGCCGCUCGCGACAUUGCCACCAUCCUCUCCCAGGCCGGCUCCCACAACAAGGUGCUGCUCGACGCCGACACCCUUCUGCUCAACGUCGCCAACGAGGACCCCACCCACUCCUAG